AUGGUUGCAGCUGUUCGCGUGGCGCCCACGGCCGCCUCGAGAGCCGCCAGCCUGCUCCGGACCGUCCAGUACACACACCCGCCCUCGUGUCCCUGCCACUCCAACCCGGGCCACCACCACCACCAUGCAAAGCCCCAGGUCGAGUCGUAUGCCCGCCGCGCCGGCCAGCGUGCCUUUGCCUCUCCCAUGGACCCGUCAAAGCAAAAGGAGUACGCCUUUGAGAUGGCCGCCUCGUCCAUCCGCUUCGGCCCAGGCGUCACCCAGGAGGUCGGCAUGGACCUCAAGAACAUGCAGGCCAAGCGCGUCUGCGUCGUGACCGACUCGACUGUCGCCAAGCUCACCGCCAUUGCCCAGGUCAAGGAGGCCCUGACCCGCGAGGGCAUCGAGUUCACCAUCUUUGACAAGGUCCGCGUCGAGCCCAAAGACAGCUCCAUCAAAGAAGCAAUUGCCUUCUCCAAGCCCUACCAGCCAGACGCCUACCUCGCCGUGGGCGGCGGGUCCGUCAUCGACACGGCCAAGCUGAUGAACCUGUACACCGAGUACCCGGACGCCGACUUUCUCGACUUUGUCAACGCGCCGCUGGGCAAAGGGCGGCCCGUCGACAAGAAGCUCAAGCCGCUCAUCGCGAUCCCCACGACGGCGGGGACGGGCAGCGAGACGACCGGCACCGCCAUCUUCGACCUCGUGGCCAAGCGGGCCAAGACGGGCGUCGCGCACCGCAACCUCAAGCCCACGCUGGGCAUCUGCGACCCCCUGAACACGCGCACCAUGCCCUCGGCAGUCAAGGCGAGCUCCGGGCUCGACGUGCUGUGCCACUCGCUCGAGUCGUGGACCGCGAUCCCCUUCAACGAGCGCACCCCUCGCCCGACCAACCCGAUCCUGCGCCCCGCGUACCAGGGUGCCAACCCCAUCAGCGACAUCUUCUCGCUCAGCGCCCUGCGGUCCACGGUCAAGUACCUGCCCCGCGCGGUGCGGGACCCGGACGACUUCGAGGCCCAGAGCGAGAUGCUGCUCGCCGCGACCCUCGCGGGCGUCGGGUUCGGCAACGCGGGCGUGCACCUCUGCCACGGCAUGUCGUACCCCAUCUCGGGCCAGAACCCAGGAUACCAGCACGCCGGCUACGCCGUGCCAUUCCCCAUCAUCCCGCACGGCGUAUCCGUCGCCGUCUCGGCCCCCGCAGUGUUCCGCUUCACCGCGGCGUCAAACCCAGACCGGCACCUCGCGGCCGCCGAGGCGUUCGGGGUCGACAUUAGCAACGUGAAGCGCGAGGACGCGGGCGCGGUGCUGGCCGACGCCAUCACAGAGUUCCUCGAAGAGCUGGGCGACCAGCCUAAGGGGCUCAAGGACCUGGGUUUUACGGGGGAGCACAUCGACGCGCUGGUCGAGGGCACGAUCCCCCAGCAGAGGGUGCUCAUGCUGGCUCCGGGACUGGAUGCCGAGCUGCAGAGGGAGAAGGACCAGCUGAGGGGGCUUUUUGAGGAUGCCAUGACGCAUUAG